GGUGAACAGUGAGAUGAAAGGAAAAAAAAUAUAAAAUAAAAAGUGGAAGUAAAUCAAUUGUGUGCCUUUGCGAGGUUUGCGAGGAAAAGUGAAAAUUGUCAAGUCAAGAGUGUUGCAAGCGCGUCCAGCAGUGGCCCUAGGGCUGACGGCUGGUGAAAAGUGGCUAAGCUGGAUGGCAUCGAUGGUGGAUCCAGUAGGCGAGCCAGUGGAUCGAGCGAAGGCUCCUCCGAAAAUGAUUAUUUAGUUAGAGUUCGUGCACAAGUAAUGGCCAGAGAUGAAAGUACCGAAGGUUGGUUACCACUGCAAGGCGGUGGACUCGCGAACGUCUCCAUACGCAAACGCGUCCGGCUGCCACCGGCCACCGGUGGCGGUCACGAAUACAUCAUCUACGGACAAAGAAUUUCUGACCAAACGGUUAUCCUAAGUUGUGUUAUCAAUCGAGAUCUGCAGUACUUCAAAGUCAUGCCCACGUUUCAUCACUGGCGUGCCGGCAAGCAGCGGAAUGGGCUCACCUUCCAGACUGCGGCCGAUGCGAGAGCUUUCGACAAGGGAAUCAUCCGUGCCUACGAUGACCUCAUUGAUGGCAUGGAUGAUUACACGACGCACAACAAAUACAACGAUGUGGAUAAAGUUGGCGAGGACGACGUGUUCAUGACAUUGGAUCUACCGGUGGAACCUUCUGAGUCGCGAUCAAAUUCUGAGGGCAGCGGAAGUCAUCAAAGCGUCGAUAAACAAUCACAGCAGCAGCAAUCCAGUAUUACAUACAUAUCGGGCGAAAAACCGUCACCUCUGCUGAAGCCUGGUGAUGAUAAAAUUAAUGUCACUCCAAUAGUACCUGGUGACAACUACUCGUACGUUCAGAUAACUGAUCCGUGCGACAUCAAGUUGAAGUAUAACUUUUAUAACUUGAAGGUGCACGAGUACAACUAUCCGGUCGUCGACGAACCCGUGACAUCGAUCAUCCACCAUCCCGGCCGGCGGGACUCGACGUCCAGCCUGAAGAAGCGGAACGCGCUCGACGCGCCGGCGAUGAAGGACGCGACGCUCAUAAAGACACGGUUGCGCUGCAGAUACUGUCAGGAGUUCUACAAUGACGAGUGGAACCACAAGGGUUCGUGUGAUUACGCGCCCGACUGCUUCAAGACGGCCAUCGAGAACGUGUCCGGGAUGCUGUGCGCGCGCUGCAUGCUGUACCACUGCAUGAAGGACUCGGAGGGCGACACCGCGUCCCAUCCCUGCUCCUGCACGGCCGAGUCCGGCUGCACGAAACGUUGGAUCGGUUUGGCUUUGCUGUCUCUACUGGUGCCAUGUCUCUGGUGCUAUCCACCACUUCGCGCCUGCCACUGGAUCGGGGUCUCGUGUCGGCUUUGCGGUGGGAAACACAAACCACAAAUUUGACAUCCGAUCAAGAUCAUCAACCUAACAAGUAUUAAUCGGCUCGACUGAUAGCUAUUGAGCAGCUCUCCAAGUCCCUUCUGAAUAGCAACUAGUAACACGAGGUACUGAAAAAAAAACGGAAACAUAAUGCAGCUUACACAGACGUGCACCAUACGGAAAAGCGAAAGAGAGGAAACGGAAACAGCAACAACAACAAACAAAAGAUGAAGACAAAUCCAACUGUAACACAACAAAACCUACCAAAGUGAUAAAGAGCGGAAAGAAACGAAAAUGAUGUUUAACGUUGAAAAAAUAAUAAAGAAAAAAAAAGUGGGAAAAACCAAAUUCAGUUGUGCUACAACUAAACAAUAAGUAAAACAAACAAAUAAAGGAAAAUACACAAACACACAAAAAUAUCGCUACGCGUAGAUGAAAUGAACCAGUAAAUCAGAGUAAACACAUUCGUUGAUGUCUAAAUCUAGCUGAAACCAAAAAGAAAACUUAAACAAGUCGAACAAGACUUUAGCGGAAAUAACAAAAAGUUGUUAAAGGUGGAAUGGUGUGCUGGUGGCAGCCACACACGCGCGGCAACAAUCGGAUAACAAUAACGGAACGAACGGAAGAGGAAACGUUAGCAGCCGAGCAACACAACACACACACAAUUUCAUAACACACAAUCUGUCGAAGUGAAAUUGAAGGGUUACGCUAACGGCAGCAGCAGCAACAACAACUAAAAAGUCAAAGAAAACCAUAAAAUUUAUGGUUGAACAGUGCUCGCGAAAAUAGACACACUCACACAAAUUAUGGAUGCUAUUAUGGGAAGUCUUGUUUUUCCUGUGUUCCGAGGUAUUAUUGCUUUAGUUCAAAAAUAAACAUUAAAGAUGGACGGGGAAGAGAGAAUAUUCAUUAAUCGGCGUAUGAAAGAAAUUACUAGCACGUAAGCAAAACCACGUUGUUGGAGAUUUUUGAAACUCAGAUCUUUUAUUUUGCAAUCUGUGGGGUGUGGCGCGCGCAGAACAAAAGCGAAAGAAAGAAAGCGAGCGUGUAGAAUCAAUCGUUCAACUAUGAGAAAAUAUAUAUGACUGUUUUGUGUCGUUUCGAGCGCGCAGUUGAAAGAUAUGCAUUAGUUUCAUAUUUGAAAGUUUGUUUGUUGAAAAUAUUCGCUAGUUUUUUACUAUUUUUCGUUUUAUCGAUUGCAUUAUUACUAACGAAGAGAAAAAAAAGUGGGUGAAGAAAGUAUAUAUUAGAGAUAUAUAUAAGCCAUAGUUAUGUAUUCAGAUACACAAUCAUGGAUAUAACAUAAAGAAAACUAUAUAAAACUGAGCAGGUUGAGGUGACGAAACCUACUUUAAGAUGUACUAGUGCAUAGAAAAUCAUAAAAUCACAUUAAACACAUGGCUUCACUCUCCUGCUUCCACUCCCGGAUGAAAGUCCCGCUCCAGCUGAGAUGGUUCCGGCUGCUGUCGGCAGUUGAUGGUUUGGCGUUCUCUUUCUAAUCGCCGGAACCGCCGGACUACCGCGUGCAUCCUGAGGAUUCUUUCGAACGAUCUUUCCAAAAUUUAAACCCUUUUAGGCCGUGGCAUAUUCGGUGCCGAACCGGCCAACCUUGUGCCAUAUGGAUGCGCCCGCUGGUCGGCGGUUCCACACUCAUACCAUACUGCCCUCACGCGCAGGUGAAGAACCGUCUCGUUGGUGGAGGAAACGCGGACAGUGAAGUAGUCUCACAUUCGUAAAACAAAAAUCAACAGAGAAAUAAGUAACCGUUAAACCGUUAUCUUUAUCAUUGUCACACACACACACACAUCUUUGGCGUUCCUGGUUUGUUUAUGUUCAUAGGGGCAUACCAUCUCGAACAAAGAAAAAAAAACGUGCGGAAGUCGCAAAGGGCUCAGCGGUGACCGUCACAAAAAAAUCAUGAUGAACAUAAAGAAAUCCAAGAAACGUAGAUCAAAUGAAAAUAUAUAUAUAUUCUACACAGACAACAAAAAAAUCUAUGUUUUAGCGUAACAGGAAGUCUUACAAGUUAUUAAAGACGAAUAAAAACAUUUACAUAAAGAAAAAAAAAUACAUAACUGCGUAAAAAAUACAAAUACAUUGUGUGAACAUAAUUCAAUACGAGAGAGACACUUUAAGAAAAGAGGUAAACUUGCUACGAAAAUAAACUUAUGUGUACAUUACAAAAGAUGAAAAAAAAAACCAUUGUACGAAACAAAAAUCUGUCCUGUGUAAACCUGAUUUCAUUUUAAGCUGCUAAUAAUUUUAUUUCAUAGUUUUAUUGUGUUCAUCAGCAAAGAAAAGAGGAGAAAACUUUUAUACUGGUGAGACUUUAUUGGUCACAUGAAUCAAAAAGACUCGAAACUAAGUUUGGACACAUCCACGCCUCUCAUCCUGAGGUUACGAUUUCAUUGAGAGAGCGCUUGUAUUUCAUCCGUGGCGAUGCGUUAUUAAUAUUUAUUGAAUGUUAUUUAGUCCCCGCACCCCCUUCAUCCGAACGAUAUCAUUUUGCAUUAGAACUGAAUUAGAAGAAAAUAUAUAUUAUAAAGAUAUAAAACAAUCUCAAAAGAAAAAAGGAAAAACAGAUUAAAUACCAUAGUCAUUAUAGCAAAAAAAAAAACGAAAAAGAAACACAAUAUGGUAGGCGAAGUGUAGAGUAACUUUUUCUUGAGCGGAUAAACACAACAAUACGUUUUUUAAUUAAUACAAAAAAAGAAGUUUUAGGUUCAUCUUCUGGUCAUUGCGUUAAUUUAAACAAGCGUCAUUACAAAAAAUGUCGAUUUGUAUGCAUUUUUUAGCGUCUUUUUUUUCGAUGAGGCACACAGGAUGGUUAUAAAGAUGAAAAAA